CAUCAGAAAGCAAAACCUGAGAGGAUCCUUCUUUCACUACCUGCUAAAAGAAGACAGAACAUGACUUCCAUACUCAUUGGUGGUGGAGCAUUUGGAAAGGUCUACAAAGAGUGGUUCAAUGGACAGUGGUGUGCAGUGAAGAAAGUUCCAGAUGAUCCCCGUAACAUUACAGAAGACCUCCUUCGCAGGGAAGAGAAUAUCUACUGCACAGUCAAUCACCCAAAUGUAGUGAAGCUCGUGGGCAGGAUAUAUAAGGAAGCAGGACGGUGGUGUUUCCCAAUGGAGCUGAUCGAUGGACCAGAUCUGAAGGAUGUCAUGUUCCAUCCCAUUCAGAUCACUCUGCCUAUCAAAAGCAAGAUCAUUACAGGAAUGUGUGAAGGCCUGCUGUACCUACAUAACAAAGGUAUUGCACACCGAGAUUUGAAGCCAGAUAACAUCAAAGUUGAAAAUUAUACUUUUCGUACUGUUAUCAUUGAUUUGGGAUUAGCAAAAUUUCAGAAUGACUUCUAUUCCGGAAAUAAUAUGGGGAAUCUUGCUUAUGCUGCUCCUGAGAUCAUCCACCAACCAUAUACCAAGCGUAACCGGAAAUCAGAUGUGUGGGCCAUGGGGAAAAUUAUCGGCGAACUUCUGGUUGGAUAUCAGAUCGUUCAUAAUAACCCUGCUCACUACCAGGUCCUUCUACAAGAAUACCCUGGGUACUGUGAAGUGGUCAGUGAGAUGAUAGAUGGCAGUCCAACACCACGAGCAACAAUGGACCAAGUCAUUGAUCGGAUAAGAAGAGCAGAGGGACAGAUAGGAGGUUCUGAGCCAUUAGUUCGGGUUCUUAGGCCACUACAGUCCCCUCUCCAGCCUCACCAUCAGCCUGGACCUGCUGGUGUUCAAACUAUGGAGCCUUUUAGGGAGCUACAUUUGGAACUACCUCCAAAUUUCACUUUACCAAACCCACUUCCCCCUAACCACACCAUCACACUCAACUAUAUUACAAGCACUGGAGGAGGGUUAAUACAGAUAAAAGGGGAAGUUCAGACCAAACAUGGAAGGAUACAUCAUGUUUGGUGGAUGAAAAGUGUCCCAAACGCCUUAGAAAUGAACAGCUCACCCCGGUUUUUGAAAUGA